GGAACUGACAGAUACAGACACGGAGUAUACACCUGUGAGAGUCCUAGGAGAAUUUGACCACCAGAUGGAGCGAUAUAUCUACCCACGUCCCAACGUCCAGGACAUAAAAAGUUCUGAGGUGAAGGGCAUGGGGGUCACACCGAGUCGAGGUGGAAUGCUGGUUGUUACACCGUUUAAUCUCAAAGACAGAAAAGAAAGAAUACUCAUCAACAGGGGAUGGAUUUCAAAGACGAAAGUAGACCAAAGAACGAGGUCAGAAGGACAGGUUACGGGUGAUGUGGAAUUGGUUGGCGUAGUACGACACACAGAACCAAAAAAUGCUUUCACCAACAAUCAAGGUAUGGACGACCCGAAGAUUUUAUUUACACGAGAUGUAGAGGCUCUGGCAGACACUUUGAAGACAUCACCUGUCUAUUUAGACGCUGACUCUAAUAGUACCAUAAAAGGGGGCCCAAUUGGGGGUCAGACAAUCAUCACACUCCGAAAUGAACAUUUGCAAUAUAUUCUAACCUGGUACGGGGUUUGUAUCCUGAGUCUCAUCUUGUAUGCUCGACGCUUCAGAAAACCACCUUCAUUGCAAACACAGAUUCGUCAAAAAUGAACGUGCCAGGAUUAUCAUAUCAGUUAAUGAACAAUUGUAGCGUUUUACAAGUACUUCAAAACAAACAUUCUCACAUCAGUUAAGGAACUACACCGUUUUUAGAUUUAUAUCCGUGAUUGUGAUUCAGACAGGGACUUGAAUUCGUGCAAUGAACAAGUACAUAGGUAUAUAUCCUGUUUAAAUGUAUUAUAUGUUUUAAUAAUAAACAUUUGCAAUAUA